AUGAGUGCAGCUUUCCAGCCCUCCCUCAUGAUGAUGCAGCGCCCCUUGGGAAGCAGCACGGCCUUCAGCAUAGACUCCCUCAUCGGCAGCCCGCCCCAGCCCAGCCCGGGCCACUUCGUCUACACCGGCUACCCCAUGUUCAUGCCCUACCGGCCGGUGGUCUUGCCCCCGCCGCCCCCACCCCCUCCGACCCUCCCGCAAGCCUCGCUGCAGCCGGCCCUGCCGCCCUCUCACCCCCACCACCAAAUCCCCAGCCUGCCCACCGGCUUCUGCUCCAGCCUGGCCCAAGGGAUGGCGCUCACCUCCACGCUCAUGGCCACGCUGCCCAGCACCUUCUCCGCUUCCCCGCAGCACCAGGAGGCGGCCCGGAAGUUUGCCCCCCAAGCUCUCCAGGGCAACUUCGACAAAGGCGAAGGGCUCCAGCAGGAGAGCGAAGAGGGGAAAUCCUUCCUGAGCAAGGAGAGCUCCCUGCUGUCAUUCGCCGCCGCAGAAGCCGUGCAGGCUUCCCUGGUAGGGGCUGUCCGGGGUCAGACCAAAGAUGAUUCCAAAGCGGAAGACGACUCCAAAGGCAAAGAGGAAAGUUUCUCGAUGGACAGCGAUCUAGAUUAUAGCUCUGAUGACAAUAUCACAAGCCAAGCCGCUCAUAAAGAAGACGACUCUGGCAACGCACUAGAAGAAAACACCCAGAGCACAAAUAACUCCAACACCACCACAUCCACUGGCAAAAACAGGCGGAGGAGAACAGCCUUUACCAGCGAGCAGCUGCUAGAGUUGGAAAAGGAAUUUCAUUGCAAAAAGUACCUGUCUCUGACAGAGAGAUCCCAGAUCGCUCAUGCCCUCAAACUCAGUGAAGUGCAGGUCAAAAUCUGGUUCCAGAACAGAAGAGCCAAGUGGAAAAGGGUGAAAGCCGGCAAUGCCAACUCGAAGACAGGAGAACCCUCCAGAAACCCCAAGAUCGUGGUACCCAUCCCAGUCCAUGUCAGCAGAUUUGCCAUCAGAAGUCAGCACCAGCAGCUGGAACAAGCCAGACCCUGAUACAUUUCCACUACCCCUUCCCCCCCAUCCAAAAGUUUUGAUCCAUGUUUCGAAAUCGGGUUAAAAACAAACAAACAAACUUUAAUCUGAACCUUUCGACAUAUCGAGUAAAGCAAGAAUCGAUUAAUAAGAGGCUUAAAACUGUUUUGUUUUGGAGCGGGAAUAUCAAACCCUUGAAGAGACAUAAUAAAUAUUUAUUAUACUGUCCUACUUUGUAUAUAAAGUGCUGGAUCUCCGCUGCAGUGUUUUGACUCCUAUGGGACCAAAUAACCAGUAACAUGAAUUUACAUUCCAGAAGAAAACCACAACAAAAAACUGCAAUGCAUAUUACUCAUCUUUUGGUUUGUUUUUUUUUAUCAUUUUGAAAGGUAAAAAUGAAACAAAACUAAGAGGUUUGUUUUCCCUUUUUUGGGUUGGCUGAGUGGCAGACAGUUGGGUGAAUUAUUUUCAUUAUUAUUAUUAUUUUGCCUGGCUUGCUGUCGAUUUGGUUGCAUCUUCUACUAAGCCAUGUUUG